CACACUUCCCCAGCUUGCCAGCCUCACCUCGCUCCUCAUCGUCAUCACCAGACCUGCCCGCGACACUGCCUAGCUAUCGGGCACUGCACCUUCGUUUGCAACAUAAGCAUCUCUCUUGAACGAAUUUCUCUUUCUGUAUGCGAAUCAACAGUCCAUUUCAUGGCUUGCUAGCAAUUUGAUCCUGCUGUUGCCUGUUCCGCAACGGUUCCACCUAUCUCCUGCUUCGUCCAGAGCUCUGUCAAAGCAUUCCAGAAUGCGAGCCAUAUAUCUUCUUGGGAUAGCAAGCGCCCUAGCUUCCUCAGGGAGCGGUGUUGUCGCUCUCAACUACAGUUCCGAUAACAUAGACCCUCUAUUUUCCGUCUUCGACGACCGGCCCGCCGACUGCCCGCCAUGCUUCAAUUGCCAACUCGAUGCGUUCCAAUGUCACCAGUUCGCUUCUUGCAAUAGAUACACAGGGAAGUGCUCCUGUCCUCCCGGCUAUGGCGGCGACGACUGUUCCACACCAACCUGUGGCUCUCUCGCUGAUGGCGUCAACCGAGGCCCGCGCCAAGAUAAGUACUGCAAUUGCAAGGAUGGCUGGGAGGGAGUCAACUGCAAUGUCUGCAAGACGGAUGAAACAUGUAACGCAAUGAUGCCGGAUGGAGAGGGCGGUGUGUGUUAUACGCAAGGACUCGUUGUGAAAGAGAAUCAUCAAAUGUGUGAUGUUACAAACCGCAAAAUUCUUGAUCAACUGAAAGAGCGGAAACCACAAGUGACCUUCUCCUGCGAAGCAGAAAGCAAAACAUGCAAUUUUCAAUUUUGGGUUGACCAGGUCGAGUCGUUCUACUGUGCUCUCGAUUCAUGCAGUUGGGGAAUGGAUGCGGAAUACGAUCGAAAUAAAACACAUUACAACUGUGAUAAGGUCCGCUGCCAGUGUAUCCCGGGGCGCAUGCUUUGUGGCGAAGAGGGUUCAAUAGACAUUGGGGACUUUCUUACUGAGGAAAUCAAAGGCCCAGCAACUUUCAAUACUCUGUCAACAGAUGCGGGUGUUGAAGAUGGAAGCACUUUUAAAGAGCCUGCUAUGGAUGAUUUGAUUAAGAGCGUGUUCGGUGAUGAAAGCAUUACGCUGCAAUGCCACUCCGGCGAGUGUCUCUACAAGACAGAUGUGCCUGGCUACCAGCGCCCAGUGAAAGAGAUCAACAAGCCUCUUAUUGCUGGAGUCAUUGCUGGUUGUGCUCUAUUCGUCGUCGCAGUGAUUCUAGGCAUCUGGUAUCUUUCCAGGCGUGCCGCUUACCGCGGUUACGGUGCCAUCAGACUUUCUGAUGAUUCAGAAGACGAAUCUGACAAGCUUCUCAGCGACCAGCGCGCCGCUUCGUUGCUCUUUGAGAAUGUUUCAUAUCACCUCAAUGAGAAGGAGAUUCUGUCUGGUAUUCAAGGGGCCGCUCACCCGGGUGAAAUAACGGCCAUCAUGGGCGCUUCUGGAGCUGGAAAGACCACCUUCCUCGACAUCCUAGCACGGAAAAACAAGCGCGGGCUGGUUCAAGGUGAAUUUUACGUCAAUGGUGAGAAAAUCAGCGAUAGUGAUUUCAAGAGCAUGAUUGGCUUUGUAGACCAAGAAGACACCAUGCUUCCGACUUUGACUGUUCACGAGACUAUCUUGACGAGUGCUCUUUUGCGACUUCCCAAAGACAUGAGUCGUUUUUCUAAGGAGCAAAGAGUUACUGAAGUUGAAAAGCAACUUGGUAUUCAUCACAUCAAGGACCAAAUUAUUGGCUCUGAAGAAGGCCGUGGGCGUGGAAUUUCUGGCGGAGAAAAAAGAAGAGUAGGAAUUGCUUGCGAGCUAGUCACAAGCCCGAGUAUUCUUUUCCUCGAUGAGCCUACAAGUGGUUUGGAUGCAUUCAAUGCCUUUAACGUCAUCGAGUGUCUCGUGACCUUGGCAAAGACGUAUAAUCGCACUGUUGUAUUCACCAUUCAUCAACCACGCUCCAACAUUGUUGCUUUAUUCGAUCGACUUAUCCUCUUGGCUAAGGGAAAGACUGUCUACUCCGGCCCGUUUUCGACUUGCCAACAAUACUUUGACCAUAUUGGCUACUCGUGUCCUUCUGGCUUCAAUAUUGCUGACUUUCUGGUUGAUCUAACCAUGCAUGCCCUCGGCUCACAGACACCUGUCGAGGAAGAGAAUUUGCUAGACGUGCACACUGACAACCUAAAAACUGCAUCUAGCAGCUUGCGAGCUGUUAAAUCCAUUGCUAGUGCAUCCAAUGCUAGUAUUGAUGAGCUUGGAAGAAACGCUCAAGAUGCGACAUCGCGUGCUAGCAACAAGCGACGCCAAUCUUUGAAGCAACGGCAAGAUAAACAGCUCUACACUCGGCGAAAAGCGGACCUAGAAAUACCUCCUCCUCCGACUCCUAAAACUGAUGAAGACGAAGCCAGCCCUACAGCAGCGAGCAAUACUCAACAGUGGCUCCGACUAUCUGCUCGCCGUGGCGCUGUCCCUCCUCAAAUCCUUGAUGAUCCGGAUCAGCUUCCUCCACCAGCCUCGGGCACUACCGACUUGGAUGUACUUGUCGCCAACUACGCCUCGUCAGACGUAGCUAGCUCUGUCCAUGAAGAGAUUGUGUCUUCUAUACAGCGUGCUAAUGCGGCAAACGGGAACCAGAAUGCAGAUGCCCUUGGGAACAACGUGCCUGCAAUGGGAUAUGCUCGUGUCGGUCUCCUGCGACAGUUUGUGAUUCUCUCUCAACGGACGUGGCGGAACUUGUAUCGCAAUCCGAUGCUGAUGCUAACCCACUAUGCUAUAUCUAUUCUCCUGGCAGUUUUGUGUGGUUAUCUGUUUUACGGACUCACGGAUGACAUUAAGGGGUUCCAAAACCGACUUGGCUUGUUCUUUUUUAUCCUUGCGCUUUUCGGUUUCAGCACAUUGACAAGUCUUAAUGUUUUCUCUUCUGAACGGCUACUCUUUGUUCGCGAACGUGCAAAUGGUUACUAUUCGCCUCUUGCGUAUUUCUCUGCCAAGGUUGUUUUCGACAUUGUGCCUCUUCGUCUAAUUCCCCCAAUCCUCAUGGGUGUUAUUGUUUAUCCGAUGACUGGGUUGAUUGCGGCAUGGCCCGAGUUCUUGCGAUUUGUUCUCAUUCUGGUUCUCUUCAACUUGGCUGCUGCUGGAAUCUGUCUCUUUAUUGGCAUCGUGUUCCGCGAUGGCGGUGUUGCUAAUCUCAUUGGAAGCUUGGUCAUGCUAUUCAGCUUGCUGUUCGCCGGUCUUCUUCUCAACCACGAUGCUAUCCCUAAAGCGGCUUUGUGGUUGCAAACUCUAUCCAUCUUCCAUUACGGAUUUGAGGGCCUAAUUGUAAACGAGGUUACCUUUUUAACCUUAAUUGACCACAAAUACGGUCUGGAUAUCGAAGUUCCAGGAGCUUCGAUCCUAAGUGCAUUUGGGUUUGACACCCUUGCUCUUUGGAGCGACGUGAUCGGGCUUGCCGUUAUUUCUGCAGCGUUUAUCGUUCUUGCGUAUGCUGCUAUGCAUGUUCUAUUAGUGGAGAAGCGUUGAGCGCUCUGCACUUGCAUAUAUAUACUUUACUGCGUACACGCUGACUGAUACCAAGUCAUUGAUGUUUGUGAACUUAUAGAAAUUUUACGUGUGACUUGAUAUCAUAUGCGCUUGGUUCUGGGUUUGGUUUGCAUGGUUUCGCAGGCAGGAAGUCAGCCCUGAUGUACCUAUUAUAACUUUUCUCAUAAGAAUUCAAUGUCUACAAACAUACCUGAUCUGUCG